UUCAUAUUAAGCUCUUGUCAUCUACGGAAAGACGUUCACACAGCAGAAGGAGAUCACGGGAUAAUCUCGGCUAUUUUACCCACAAUCGACAAGGGUAGUAAAAGUGCCAGCCACGAAGUUCAACGAUGGUUUUUGAAUCUAUGGUCAGUGAUCUCCUGAACAGGUUCAUCGGAGACUAUGUGGAAAACCUCGACAAGUCCCAGUUGAAGAUUGGCAUUUGGGGAGGCAAUGUUGUUCUGGAGAACCUGAAAGUGAAAGAAAAUGCUUUGAGUGAGCUGGAUGUUCCAUUUAAAGUGAAAGCUGGUCAGAUUGGAAAACUGACAUUGAAGAUCCCUUGGAAGAACUUGUACAAUGAUGCUGUAGUUGCAACGUUAGAUGGUCUCUAUCUGCUGGUGGUUCCUGGAGCAACUGUGUCUCAGUUACGUACAUGUCCAUACAAUGCGAUAAAGUAUGACGCCGCGAAGGAGGAGCGUUACCAGCAGGAGGCCAAGCAGAAGGAGCUGCAGCGCAUUGAGGAGGCGCUACUGAUGGCUGCUCGCAGAGAAAAGCCUCAGAAAGAUGAGAAGAAGGACACGUUUGCUGAGAAGCUGGCCACGCAAGUCAUCAAGAACCUGCAAGUCAAGAUCACCAGCAUCCAUAUCAGAUAUGAGGACGAUAUAUUAGACCCCCAGCAGCCCCUCUCUAUGGGAGUCACCCUGGCUGAGCUGAGUCUACAGACGACCGAUGAGAACUGGAAGUCGUGUAUUCUGAACGAGGCAGCCAGGAUCAUCUACAAGCUGGGCCGUUUGGAAUGUCUGUGCGCCUACUGGAACGUCAACAGUCCCAUCUUCUAUAAAGGCUCCUGGGAAGAGAUACUGGAAAAGCUGAAGGACGGCAUCAGUACCAAGGACCAAGAGAUCAAAGACUACCAAUACAUUUUCAAACCCAUCUUUGCCUCUGCUAAAAUGGUAAUCAACCCGAGUGCUGAGAUUGAGCUGAAGUCUCCCAAAGCCAGCCUGCAUCUGGAGGUUCAGAAUGUAGCAGUGGAGAUGACCAGACCACAGUACCUAACCAUGGUGGACCUGCUAGAGUCUAUAGACUGUAUGGUGAAGAAUGGACCCUACAGGAAGUUCAGACCUGAUGUACCUGUACACACAAAUGCCAAGCACUGGUGGAAGUACAGUAUGAACAGCAUCCUGGACGUUCACAUCAGACGUUUCAACCAGAUGUGGUCGUGGUCCAACAUCCGGAAGCACCGCCUCACUCUGAAGACCUACAGGGCAGCCUACAAGGCCAAACUACUGACACCACAGGGAAAACUCAGAGAGGACCAAGAGAAGCAGAUACAGGACCUGGAGAAGAGCCUGGAUGUCUUCAACAUCACGUUGGCCCGGCAACAAGCACAGAUGGAGGUGAUCCGGUCAGGGCAGAAGGUGGUAGCUAAGAAGGCUGUGGCCGGCCAGAAGCAGGGAGGAGGGUUUUUCAGCAGCUUCUUUGGAAGGAAGGAAGGGAAGAAGAAAGAGCAGGAACAGGAAACCCAGGAGGAAGAGGGUACAGGCAUUGAAGAGUUGAUGUCUGCUGAUGAGAAGGCUAAACUCUACACGGCCAUCGGAUACAGUGGUAGUUCUCACAACCUGGCCUUACCCAAGCAGUACGUGUCAGUGGUGGUGACCUUCAAGCUGUUCCGUACGUCCAUCACGGUGAGGGAGGAGCCCAACGUCCCAGAGAUCCUGAAGAUCCAGAUGAUCGACCUCAGCACCACCGUGUCCCAGAGACCCGGGGCGCAGGCCAUCAAGGUGGAGGCAGCGUUAGAACACUGGUACGUAACAGGGUUGGAACAGCAGGGAGCUGUCCCCUCUCUCAUAGCGUCAGUAGGGGACUCCACCUCCUCUCUGCUCUCCAUCCUGUUUGAAGUCAACCCAGAGGACAGCGUUGCAGAGCAGCUGCUCAGAGUCCACUCCCAGCCUGUAGAGAUCAUCUAUGACUCGUUGACAGUGAACAGCAUGGCAGAGUUCUUUAAGACAGGGAAGGGAGUGGACCUGGAGGUGUUGACUUCAGCUACUCUCUCCAAGCUGGAGGAGAUUAAGGACAAGACAGCCACUGGUCUGUCUCACAUCAUUGAGACCCGGAAGAUUCUGGACCUGAAGAUUGACCUAAAGCCUUCAUACCUGCUGGUGCCUAAGUCUGGCUUCUACCAAGCCAAGUCUGACCUGAUGAUCAUAGACUUUGGUAGUCUACAGCUGGUGAGUGUGGACCAGGGGAACCCCCAGUCUUUAUCACCCAGUUUCAGUUCCCUGGAGGAGAUUAUGGACCGUGCCUACGAGAAGUACUCACUGGAGCUACGUAGUGUCCAGGUCCUUUACAGCAAGUCAGGUGAGGAGUGGAAGACGGCCCGUCAACGUGGUUCCUCUAUACAGCACAUCCUGCAGCCCAUGGACUUCAGCCUCCAGCUGGCCAAAUGCAUGGUGGAGAAGGACACCAGGAUGCCCAGAUUCAAGGUGUCUGGAGAACUGCCUCUCCUCCAUGUGAAGAUCUCAGACCAGAAGAUCCAGGGAGUGUUGGACCUGGUCAACAGCAUCCCCCUGCCCCAGAGGGAUUCCACCCCUUCCACCCCUACCCAGAAGAUGCUGUGUUUGUCUGAGGCCAGGCCCGACGUCCUGGGUUUACAGUCUACUGUCCUGCUGGAUGCAUUAGACAUAGGUGUGGGGAGGGGGGGUUCUUCACUAGAUGCUGUGUUUGUCUGA